UUGAUUUUUUAUUUUAUUUUAUUUUUUCAACAAUAUAUAAUUUUUAUUUUUACAUAUACAAAUAGACAACAACAAUAAUAAUAAUAAUGAGCGAUUUACAAUGGUGUACUACUUGUGAUAAGGCUAUUCAAGCUUAUUCGAAUUCAUUAUAUUGUUCAGAAGAAUGUCUUCGUCAAGAUGCUAUCAAUCACCACCCUAUGCUUGGUUAUGAUUUUGCCGAAUUCAAGGAUUUCCCUCGACGAACAAGUUUGUCUCCAUCUAUGAUCACUUUAUCUCCAGCAUUAUCUACUACAUCCACCAUGUCUGCCGUUUCUCCUACAUUGUCUCCUUUGCCAAGUACAUUUGCUCUUUCUCAUCCAAAGCAUUCAUCUGUAUACCCAUCCUCACUAUCAGAUGAUGUCUUACUUCUUGAAUCCAAUGAGAACAAGACAUCAAAUAAUAAUAGUAGUAGGACCACAGCAUCUCAACUUCAACUCAAGUCUCAUCAAAGUAUCUUCUUCGUAUGAUCCUUAUUUUAUCUAUCAUUUAUCAUUGUCUAUACUUUAGUUCCAUCUAUAUCCCUUUUUUAUUAUUAUUACACAUCUUCAUCUUCAUGCCUCUCUUCCUUAUGUAUAUACACAAAAAAAAAACUUCAUUUUAUGAUGUCCUCCACUUUUAUCUUCAAUAAACAAAUAAAUACGAUGGAUGAUUCUGAUAAUGCAUUAUCAGUAAAGAUACCCCAUUCUUUUAUAUCACCUA